AUGCCCAAGAACAAGGGAAAGGGAGGCAAGAAUCGUCGUCGUGGAAAGAACGAAAACGACAACGAAAAGCGUGAACUCACCUUCAAAGAAGAAGGCCAAGAAUAUGCACAAGUCCUAAAAAUGCUCGGCAACGGACGCCUCGAAGCCCUCUGUUUCGACGGCUCCAAGCGCCUCGCACACAUCCGCGGAAAACUACGCAAGAAAGUAUGGAUCAAUCAAGGCGACAUAAUCCUGCUGAGUCUCCGGGACUACCAAGACGAGAAGGGGGACGUGAUCCUAAAGUACAGCGCGGACGAGGCACGGUCGCUGAAGGCGUAUGGAGAAUUACCCGAGAGUGCGAAGAUUAAUGAGACGGAUACGUAUGGGCAGGAGGGAGAUGGGGAUUGCAAUUUCGAGUUUGAUGAGGAUCGGAGUGAGAGUGAGGAUGAGGAGGCGGGCGGGAAGGGGAAGGAGAUUGACGUUGAUGAUAUUUGA